CCCCUCGCCCUCCCUCCGCAUCCUUGCGCCGCCCGGCGCUGUGCCCGCCACCCGCAGCCUCGCCCGGCUGUGUGUGCGUGCGUGUGGGUGCCCCCCUUCCCUUCCCCCUUCCCCCCCCCCCCCGAUCCUUCCCCAGCCGCUGCGGACCCCCCCCCCCCCGGCACCGAGACAUGGCCCCCAUCGGACUCAAGGCUGUGGUGGGAGAAAAGAUUAUGCACGAUGUGAUCCGGAAAGUGAAGAAGAAGGGCGAAUGGAAGGUGCUGGUGGUGGACCAGCUCAGCAUGCGCAUGCUCUCCUCCUGCUGCAAGAUGACCGACAUCAUGACGGAGGGCAUAACCAUUGUGGAAGACAUCAACAAGCGCCGGGAGCCGCUGCCCAGCCUGGAGGCCGUCUAUCUCAUCACCCCUUCCGAGAAGUCCAUCCACUCCCUCAUCAACGACUUCAAGGAUCCCCCCACCUCCAAGUACAGAGCUGCCCACGUCUUCUUCACUGACUCCUGUCCCGAUGCCCUCUUCAAUGAGCUGGUGAAAUCCCGCGCUGCCAAGGUCAUCAAAACCCUGACGGAGAUCAACAUUGCCUUCCUCCCCUCUGAGUCCCAGGUUUACUCCCUGGAUUCGGCCGACUCCUUCCAAAGCUUUUACAGCCCCCACAAGGCCCAGAUGAAGAACCCGAUCCUGGAGCGCCUGGCAGAGCAGAUCGCCACGCUGUGCGCCACGCUGAAGGAGUACCCGGCCGUGCGGUACAGGGGGGAUUACAAGGACAACGCCAUGCUGGCGCAGCUCAUCCAGGACAAGCUGGACGCCUACAAGGCUGAUGACCCCACCAUGGGUGAGGGUCCAGACAAGGCUCGCUCCCAGCUCCUCAUCCUGGACCGUGGCUUUGACCCUGCUUCCCCGGUGCUACACGAGCUGACCUUCCAGGCAAUGAGCUACGACCUGCUGCCCAUCGAGAACGAUGUCUACAAGUAUGAGACGAGUGGUAUCGGGGAGGCCCGGAUUAAGGAGGUUCUUCUGGACGAGGACGACGACCUGUGGGUCACCUUGCGCCACAAACACAUCGCCGAGGUGUCCCAGGAGGUGACCCGGUCCCUGAAGGAGUUUUCUUCGAGCAAGAGGAUGAACACAGGCGAUAAGACCACCAUGAGAGACCUGUCCCAGAUGCUGAAGAAGAUGCCGCAGUACCAGAAGGAGCUCAGCAAGUACUCAACCCACCUGCACCUGGCUGAGGACUGCAUGAAGCACUACCAGGGCACAGUGGACAAGCUCUGCAGAGUGGAACAGGACCUGGCCAUGGGCACUGAUGCUGAAGGCGAGAAGAUCAAGGACCCCAUGAGGGCCAUCGUCCCCAUCCUGCUGGAUGGGAAUGUCAGCACCUAUGACAAGAUCCGCAUCAUCCUGCUCUACAUCUUCCUGAAGAACGGUAUCACUGAGGAGAACCUGAACAAGCUGAUCCAGCACGCUCAGAUCCCGGCGGAGGACAGCGAGAUCAUCACCAACAUGGCCCACCUCGGGGUGCCCAUCAUCACAGACUCCACCCUGCGCCGCCGGAGCAAGCCGGAGCGGAAGGAGCGGAUCAGUGAGCAGACCUACCAGCUCUCCCGAUGGACCCCCGUAAUUAAGGACAUCAUGGAGGAUGCCAUCGAUGACAAGCUGGACACCAAGCACUACCCGUACAUCUCCACCCGCUCCUCCGCCUCCUUCAGCACCACUGCCGUCAGUGCCCGCUACGGCCACUGGCACAAGAACAAGGCCCCCGGCGAGUACCGAAGCGGCCCCCGCCUCAUCAUCUUCAUCCUGGGCGGCGUCAGCAUGAACGAGAUGCGCUGCGCCUACGAGGUGACGCAAGCCAGCGGCAAGUGGGAAGUGCUAAUAGGUUCUACUCACAUUCUCACUCCCACCAAAUUUCUCAUGGACCUGAGGCACCCCGACUUCAGGGACUCUACUAGGGUAUCAUUUGAGGAUCAGGCUCCAGCAAUGGAGUGAGCCAAAGAAACCAAGGUCCACGCACAUCCUCACCCCACAGAAACUGCUGGACACGCUGAAGAAACUCAAUAAAACAGAGGAAGAAAGCAGCAGUUAAAAGGAAACGCCGCCACCGACUCGAUGCCGAAUUCACCUUCCCCGCCGGGCGCCAGGCCCGGGGUGCGAUUCUGCGCCCAGCCCCGGCCCCCGCCCAGCCCAGCUUUCUCUCUUGUUCUUGUGUUGACCCCCUCCUCCCCUCCCGCCGCCUUCCCCAUCUCAUUUUAUCCACAGGGAGGGGACAACAGCUGAAAAAUACUAAGAAAACCAAUGCAUUGUGUUUAAAAGAGGAAAAGGGAAAAAAAAAAAAACAACUAUAUAUUUGUAGCUGCAGCUAUCCGAAGCACCCAGGAGCUCAUUGCUGAGUAACCCAUCUGCUCAUUGCUAGUGAAUGAUUAUGACAAAAAAAAAAAAAAAAAACAAAAACCCCAAAAAAAACAACCACCUUUUUCCAAAAGUUUCGCUCCUCAUUGGGGUCCUGUGUGGAUGGACGGAGGGCCGGCUGCUCGCUCCCGGCCGGGGAUCCCCCGCCACCGUCUCCUGUCCCUUGCCUUUCCAGGGUGGUGGGUGCUCCUGCCAGAUGUGCAUGCCAACACCUGGCACGGGGUUUGGGGGGGGGGGGGGGGUGGGGAGGGGUGUGCACCCGGGAUGCUUCACACUGUGGCAAUUCCCGUGUGAAAAGGGACCAAAAUGGUCAAAACCUGGAGAUGGGGCUUGUUUGCUUGCACAGCCGCUCCUCUGCCCUGCUGCAGCCCGGCCUCCCCCUCUCUGGGUAUUCCUUAAAAUGCAUAUAGAGAUAUAUAUAUAGAAAAAAAAAAUACUAAUUUUUAUAUAUAUCUAUCUCUCCAUCCAUCCCCACGGAAGCUCGGCACCCCCGUGCCCGGCUCUGCUCGUGUCGUCCCGUGGUGAAGCGUUUCUGAGCGUGCCGUUGCCCCGAGGCCCCCCCCCACCCUCUGGGCCCCCCUCUCCAGACUCUGUGUAUAUUAAUGACUGUGUCUUGUGACGUUCUUACAAGCUUGGUGUAUAGUGAUUUAACCAAACCUCUGAUUUUACUUUUUUUUUUUAUUUUACACCCAAGGAUUGCCCCCCGCCCUCCCCUGCCGUUAGAUGCACUGCAAUAUUUUGGGGUCCAUUGUUUUGUUCUCUCCCCCUGAAGGCUGUGAUCUCCUUUUCCUUCCCCAGAAUCUUUCUUGCCUCGUUGGUGGUUAGCCCCUCCUUCCCUGCCCGUCUGUUCCUUGCCCAUAAAGUUAAAUAUAUAUUUUUAGGGCAAAGGCUGUAUCAUUGCACUGAUAUUUGUUGGUUCCUCCUUGGUCCACCCACCCCGUUUGAGUUCCUUCUUGGUUUAGCAAUGCAAAUGCUUCAGGAUCUUGUAUGUUGGACAUUAUAUUUUUUUUUUCUGUUACAGUUAUUUAUAUAAAAAAUAAUUUAUCAAAAAGGAAAACUUAAAAAAAAUCUAGUCUGUCUUGGAACUUGUUUACCUUGAAAUUACUGGAAUCUAAAUGUUUGAAAGUGUUGAAGCACAAACAUGUAUCAUCUCUGUAUAUCUGUUCUGUACUAAAGCACUCGAGUGACUAAAUAAAAGCGAUCUCCAUCCCUAGUGCAA